AUGUCCAAUUUAAAAAUUGCAUUAGCAGAGCUAGAAAAUCAAUUAAUCCUCUCGCAGUCAAAACUUGAAUCCAUCACCGAUAGUUUUUUCUCAUGUUUUCUCAAAGGACUGACAACAAAAGCCACUCAAAACGAGGAAAGUAACGAACAUGAAGAAUUAAUGACUCAAGUAAUGUUGCCUUCGUUUGUUUCUCGUCUGCCAACUGGAAACGAGACAGGAACUUCUUAUGCAAUGGAUAUUGGUGGGACAAAUUUAAGAGUUGCCGCUGUGACUUUUCUUGGCGAGGGGCGAACGGAAAUUCGACAAAAACAUUUUAUUAUCGCUGAAGAAUUGAAAACUAGUGGGGUGGAGCAAUUGUUUCAAUGGGUUGCUGAGAAAGUUGAAGAGUCAAUCGUUGAAGAUGGAAUUCUUAAAAUGGGUGUUACGUUUAGUUUCCCCAUCGAACAACAAACGAUCAAAAAAGGAGUUGCAAUGAAAAUGGGAAAAGGAUUCAAUGUUCCAGGCUUGUCAGGCUAUGAUGUUACUGAGUUAUUGAAUUCAUCGUUCAAGAAAAAGAAUUUAAAUAUCGAAAUAGUCGCAAUAGUAAAUGACACAGUUGGUACAUUAGUAGCUCAAGCAUACAAAGACCCAAAUACCAAAAUAUCUUUAAUUUUUGGUACCGGAACAAAUGCAGCCUGCGUUGUGCCAGUCGACGCAAUCACCAAACUCGAUUCGACCACCAAACGAGACAAAAAAGGUGACGACGACGACACUGUUAUGCUCAUUAACACCGAGUGGAGUCUAUUAGGUCAUGACUUUUUACCAUUCACCCAAUAUGAUUACACGCUCGACGCACAAAGCGAUAAACCUAACUUUCAACCAUACGAGAAAAUGAUGAGUGCUCAUUAUUUUAAGGAGUUGAUCCGGUUGGUGUUACUUGAUUAUAUUCGGAAGUUUGGAUUAUUUGGCGGCAAGGAAGUGGAAUCGUUGUCGCAUCCUUAUUCGCUUAAACCUGAAUUACUUUCCAGAAUUCAAAGCGAGAAAGACACCAAUAAAGUAGCCACGAUCCUACAUGAUGAACUUAAAUUCUCACAACAGCAACUAGAAAAUCCCGACGACAUUAUCGCCCUUCAAAAAAUAAUCCAUUACUUCGCCACACGUGGAUCACAAUUAUCAGCCUCGGGCAUAGCAGCUCUACUCAAACUCUUAUACGGCGAUUACUCAAACAUUAAAUCAAACGUCACGUUGGCAGUUGACGGAUCUUUUUAUCUAAAGUAUCGUGAAUUUUCAGAUGGAAUCGAUAAUUAUUUGUUUUCGAUUUUGGGUAACAAUACAAGAAAUUAUGUCAAAUUGGUGAGUGCGGAGAAUGGUGGAUCUAUUGGUGCUGCUAUGGUUGCAAUGCUCUAUUCAAAAUAA